AGCAGCUAUUCUCCAUCACUUCUUCUCACAUUCUUGAGUUUCUUCUAAUUAAGCUUGAGUGCGAGAUAUACUAAAGGAUCUAGUGGACAUGGCUGCUGCUAGUACACCUAAGAUGCCCACUUUGGUCGCAGUUACCUUCUUGCUCCUAGCUGUGGCAUGCCGGGCCAGCCCUUACUACCCUCUGCAGAUGGGGUACUACCACGACAAGUGCCCGCAGGCUGAGGCCGUCAUCAAGGGCGUCGUCGAGAAGGCCAUCUACCAAAACCCCGGCAAAGGCGCCGCCGUCAUCCGGAUGCUCUUCCACGACUGUUUCGUCGAGGGUUGCGACGCUUCCGUCCUCCUGGACCCGACCCCGUUCAGCCCGACGCCGGAGAAGCUCAGCGCGCCGAACAACCCGAGCCUGCGUGGCUUCGAGCUGAUCGACGCGAUCAAGUACGCGGUCGAGGCUGCUUGCCCCGGCAUCGUCUCCUGUGCCGACAUAAUUGCCUUCGCAGCCCGGGAUGCGUCCUACUUCCUCAGCAGCGGCAAAGUCUACUUCGACAUGCCGGCUGGCCGCCGCGACGGCACCUUCUCCAACGCCUCCGAGCCUCUCAAGUUCCUGGUCCCGCCAACGUCCAACCUCAGCGACCUCGUCUCCAGCUUCGUCGUCAAGGGGCUUACCGUGGAGGACUUGGUCGUCCUCUCUGGUGCGCACACCGUCGGGAGGUCGCACUGCUCGUCCUUCGUCUCGGACCGCCUCCAGUCCCCCUCUGACAUCAACGGCGGGUUCGCCUGGUUCCUGAGAAGCCGCUGCCCGGCUAACCCGACUGCCAGCGACGAUCCGACGGUGAUGCAGGAUGUGGUGACGCCCAACAAGCUUGACGACCAGUACUACAAGAACGUGAUGUCGCACACCGUGCUGUUCACAUCGGACGCGGCGCUCCUGACGUCGCAGGAGACGGCGAAGAUGGUGGAGGACAACGCCAACAUCCCCGGGUGGUGGGAGGACAGGUUCAAGAAGGCAAUGGUGAAGAUGGCUAGCAUUGACGUGAAGACCGGGCACCAGGGGGAGAUCAGGAAGAACUGCAGGGCGAUCAACCACUACUAGUUAAUCAGUUGCAACAGUGGAAAGUGAAGGAAUUUGAGAGAAACUGCAUGGUGCUUGGUGAAGGAUCACUCUAUUCAGUAGUUUGAAUUCAUCCAUGAUUUGCAAGCGUGAUGAUCGAUGUAGUUGACGACUACUGUGCUUUUAUUAACUUUGUGUUUUCAACAUUUUCCUUUGUUUGAUUUCUUCAAAUCGGGAAGGUUUGUGUCCGUAAUUAUGUGGCUGGUGUUCCUGCAUUUGGAAUAUUAAAUAAGGUUGAAUAAGUUUA